AUGGGGCCUGCGCCCGUCCAUUGCCGCGUCCAUUGCCGCAGCUCUAGCUCGUGGGGGAUCGCGUUGGAACAGAAAGGAGGGGGGAGGCGGGGAUGGGUGGGGAGGAGAGGGAGUGCGAAGGUUGAAGAAGCAAGGAAGAGAGGCAGAGAAGUGGAGGAAACGGAUGGGAAGGGGCAUGACGAAAAGCAGGUCCCCCACCUCUUGCGGCGUGCUCGUGCGCGUACCUCCUUGCACAGCGGCAGGGUUGCGGCGCGCAGUGCCGCGGGCGCACGAGGCAUGGAGCACGAGGCAUGGAGCACGAGGCAUGGAGCACGAGGCAUGGAGCACAUCAUGGAGCACAUCAUGGAGCACAUCAUGGAGCACAGCAUGGAGCACAUCAUGGAGCACAGCAUGGAGCACAUCAUGGAGCACAUCAUGGAGCACAGCAUGGAGCACAUCAUGGAGCACAGCAUGGAGCACAUCAUGGAGCACAGCAUGGAGCACAUCAUGGAGCACAUCAUGGAGCACAGCAUGGAGCACAUCAUGGAGCACAGCAUGGAGCACAUCAUGGAGCACAGCAUGGAGCACAUCAUGGAGCACAGCAUGGAGCACAUCAUGGAGCACAUCAUGGAGCACAUCAUGCAACUCUUGAGAAUUAUCAAAGCCGGGGAUCACCUCCAGCAGCACCUACCUCUUUACUCAUUGGCGGGGUCGGUGGCGCGACGUGCGGGCGCACGACGCACGCGUAAGCGGCGGAGGAACGGUCCAAGCAGGCUGUGGUACCGUACCUCCUUGGCCAGCGGGAGGGUCGCUGGCGUGCAGUGCGGGCGCACGAGGCACGCGUGGGCGGCGGAGAGCAGUCCAAGAAAGGUGUGA